CAGGGCAAAAAGGCAUCUCGGAUCCAAGGAAAGCCACUGGAAAUGAGGAGUCUCCCAGUUCUGCUGCUGUGUGUGGCAGUUUGCUCAGCCUAUCCACUGAAUGGAGCUUCAAGAGGCGCAGACACCAGCAUGGAGCUUCUUCAGCAAUACCUAGAAAAAUAUUACAACCUUGCAAAUGAUGGGAAACAAUUUGUUAGAAGAAAGGACAGUAGUCCUGUUGUUAAAAAAAUCCAAGAAAUGCAGAAGUUCCUUGGACUGGAAGUGACAGGAAAGCUGGACUCUAACACAUUGGAAGUGAUCAACAAGCCCAGAUGUGGAGUCCCUGACAUUGGUCACUUCAGUACAUUUCCUGGCAUGCCAAAGUGGGGGAAAAACCACCUUACUUACAGAAUCGUGAAUUACACACUGGAUUUGCCAAGAGAUGAUGUUGAUUCUGCCAUUGAGAAAGCUCUGAAAGUCUGGGAGGAGGUGACUCCACUCACAUUCUCCAGGAUGCAUGAAGGAGAGGCUGACAUAAUGAUCUCAUUUGCAGUUAGAGAACAUGGAGACUUUAUCCCUUUUGAUGGACCUGGACAAGUUUUGGCUCAUGCCUAUGCACCUGGGCCAGGGAUUAAUGGAGAUGCUCACUUCGAUGACGAUGAGCAAUGGACAAAGGAUACAGCAGGGACCAAUUUAUUCCUGGUUGCUGCUCAUGAACUUGGCCACUCCCUGGGUCUCUUUCAUUCGGCCAACCCUGAAGCCUUGAUGUAUCCAGUCUACAAAUCCUUCACAGACCUGGCCCGCUUCCGCCUUUCUCAAGAUGAUGUGGAUGGCAUUCAGUCCCUCUAUGGACCUGCUGCUGACCCCCCUCGGAACCCCCUGGUGCCCACAAAGUCUAGCUCACCAGAGUCUGGGCUAGGCUCACCACCAGCCAUGUGCGAUCCUGCUUUGUCCUUUGACGCAGUCAGCACCCUCAGGGGAGAAAUCCUAUUCUUUAAAGACAGGCAUUUUUGGCGCAAAUCUCUCAGGGCCCUGGAACCUGAGUUUCAUCUGAUCUCUUCGUUUUGGCCAUCCCUUCCUUCAAGUGUGGAUGCUGCAUAUGAAGUUACUAGCAAGGAUACUGUUUUCAUUUUUAAAGGAAACCAGUUCUGGGCCAUCAGAGGACAAGCAGUAGAAGCUGGUUACCCACGAAGCAUCUACACACUGGGUUUCCCCCCAACAGUAAGGAAAAUUGAUGCAGCCAUUUCUGAUAAAGAAAAGAAGAAAACUUACUUCUUUGUAGAGGGUGAAUACUGGAGAUUUGAUGAGAAGAGCCAAUCAAUGGAGCCAGGCUUUCCCAGGCAGGUGGCUGAAGACUUUCCAGGGGUGGACUCGAAGGUUGACGCUGUUUUUGAAGCAUUUGGGUUUUUCUAUUUCUUCAAUGGAUCUUCACAGUUGGAGUUUGAUCCAAAUGCAAAGAAAGUGACACACAUCUUGAAGAGUAACAGCUGGCUUAAUUGUUAGGAGAGAGAAGGAGAAGGCACAAUAUGGGCAUUUUAAUUGGAGCUAACAAUUCUUCGUCUGCGUUUGUGAAUUGAAGUGGUUUGUUUUCUCCUGC